CAUUCUGCUUGCAUGUCUCUUCCUUGUCUGUUCUCCUCUUGUGCUCUCCUUCCUAUUUUUCCGCCCAGAGUGCGUGUUGGCUUGAUUGAUUAUAUUGCCUCAGACGUCUCUUCUGGACGUCGUCCGCUCGUUCUCCCCAGCCCUGCCAGCAGACAGCUCGCGUUCACUCUUUCACGCGAAAGCUUCGUUCGCUUCGUCGCUCUCUUUCCCUUUCUACAACACUCCUUUACCAGCCUCUCGAUCUGAGAUCGACAGAAUCCCAGCGAUUACCACUCCUUUUCACACACAUAAACAACGACAUCUCUUCUUGACCGGACCUCAAGAAGCCCAAGCAGAGUCAAGCCGCUACAGAACCAGACAAAAAAGACACAAUGCGCUGCACAUUCCACUCCUUGGUGCUGGCCACCCUCGCAAUUGGCCAAGCAUAUGCUGCCACUGUCUCUGGGGUUCACUCACAUCUGCACAACCAUGCCAAACGCAGGCACGACCAUGUAGAGAAACGUGAGGCCGCUCUGACCGAUGCCGAUGCUGCGAAACUCACCUCCCUGGGUGUGGCAUCGCUUGGUGCCAACUCGUACACCUCCAACGGACAGGCCUGGUUUGGACAGGAUGGCCCUUACCAGAAUGAGUUCGUCAACGACUCGGGCGAGGAUCUGAUUCUCGUCAUCUGGGGUGUUGCAGGCUCCUGGAUCAAUGCCGUUCAGCCAACCAUCACCGCCUCGCUUCCCUCGAAUCAAUCUACCUGGGUGUCCUUCGCCGAUGGUGCUUCCGGCGCUUGGACUGCUAUCUACAGCGAUACCCAGAUGGUGAACGGACAAGCCAGCAACACCUGGGGUGAAUUCACCUUCGGUGAGUGGGGCGUCGUCGACGUUUCGCGCGAGGUCAACAUGAACGGGCACUCCAUGAGCAUCGUCGGACCAUCCUGCACGACUGACAUGGACACCUGUGUCUUCGUCUGCUCCUCUGGGGAUGUCUGCAUGACCGGCUACGAGCUCCUCAACUGCGAAAACGGGUCUCAACCUGGUGCCAACUAUGGUACUUAUGAUGGCUCGCCUAGCGGUGGGUGCGGUGGCAUGGGAGCAUCUGCUACGUUGACAACAACUUUCUCUUAAAAAGAAGACGGCCCGAUGGUUAGGUUGCGGUGGGUGGAGGGGGGUGGGCGUCGGGGGAUUCUUUUUAUAGAAGAGUUGGGUUCUCACAUAUGGUUGUGCGUAUGCAUGCUGCCUGUUUGUUGGAAUGCGAGAGGUUCUGCAAAUCAAGAGAAGGGGAAAUGUUGGGACAAUUUGGGUCACGAUGUCGAAACAUGUCAACAACUGGAUCUACUGGACUGAUAUCCCCGACCGCUCUUCCGAUGCCAUUUGGCAACAUUCAAUCCUUCUGUGUGUCUAGGAUCUGGGAUGACGUUGGGCAGAUUCUUUUGUACUUUGACUUCUGGUUGGGAGCGGAGAGUGGUUCACGUUGACAUUCAGGGCGAAGGUGUCUAGUAUUUACCCUCGAGAUGCAAGUAGAUGUGGACGCCUCUGCUCCCCUCUGGGAGGCAAAGGCAGGGAUCUGUCCAGGUGUUUGAUAAACAGAAUAUACCAUUGAGUAUAUGA